AUGGUGGAGCAACAGAAAAAGCGUUUGGAGAACGCCAUUAGCGACAUGAUCGAGGACAUGUACCGCACCCACUUGCGCAGAAUGCAGUCCACGAUGCACCGCUGUGCCGCCGGUUGCUGCGAUGAUGAACGAGGGACGCUGGAGAGCGUACAAAACUGCAUCGAGAAGUGCGCCGGACCUCUGAUGGAUGCUCAGGACUAUCUGCAGCACGAGCUGGGCCAAUUUCAGAACCGCCUCCAGAAUUGCGUCAGGGAUUGCAACAGCGAUGCCCGUUCCCGUCUGCCCAGCAACCCGAGUGACCGGGACAUGUCCCGAUCCCAGCACAUGUUCGAGAGCUGCACGAGCGGCUGUGUGGACAAGCAUAUAAAUCUCCUUCCUGGGCUGCUCAAAUCGAUCAAGCAGACACUGGACAGAGGUCCUCCCAAGAGAUCCCGCAACAUGGACGCCUAACCCAUUAAAUACGCCCGUCGAAAAGUCAAUGAUACACUUAUUUAUUGAAUAUUUUUGGUACAGCUAACACUAAAGAUACACUAAACGAAACUGCGAUCCGGGGAGGGCUUAUCGUGGGAAGGCUUAUCAGCGCCCACGUGGCCCUCGCUCAGCCUGUUUGAACUCCAAGCUCCCGGAUCUUCUUGGGCCCUAGCUCAUUAAAUAUCUAGUAAUAAAGAUUCUUAGUAAUAUGCAA